AUGUUGAGGAAUAUUGGUAUGAUGCGAGUAGUACCCGUUUUGGGUGGUAGGGUUCCCUAUGCGAUGAGGAGAGCGAAUGGGUUGCAGAAGUACGUCAGGACGUAUGCUAGUGCGAAAGUUGCGUUGAAGGAUGAUUUGGCGCUAGAAACACAUACAGACACACAGGCAGCAGCUAUCGAGCAGGCUAAUGAGAGAGCAGCAGCGCACCCUGAGGUUUUGGAGAGUGGGGUUACGUCUUUGCAGCACGCUUACCGGGAGUCUGGGGACUACGGUACCAGGCCUAUCUAUCUUGACAUGCAGGCCACGACGCCUACGGAUCCUAGAGUGCUUGAUACAAUGUUGAAGUUCUACACUGGGCUAUACGGGAACCCACAUUCCAACACGCACAGUUAUGGGUGGGAGACCAAUAAGGAGAUUGAGACGGCAAGAAAAUAUAUAGCAGACGUGAUCCGUGCGGAUCCUAAGGAGAUUAUAUUCACGUCUGGCGCGACGGAAUCUAAUAACAUGGCGUUGAAGGGUGUUUCCAGGUUUUACAAGAAGACUAGAAAGCAUAUCAUCACCACAAGAACGGAACACAAGUGUGUCUUGGAGGCUGCUAGAGCCAUGAAGAACGAGGGAUAUGAAAUCACCUUCUUGAAUGUCGACGAACAAGGUUUGAUAAAUUUGAAGGAGUUGGAAGAGGCUAUCAGACCAGACACCUGUUUGGUGUCCGUCAUGGCCGUCAAUAACGAAAUCGGUGUUAUGCAACCCUUGGCCAAAAUCGGUGAGAUUUGCAGAAAACACAAAGUAUAUUUCCACACAGAUGCUGCCCAAGCAUAUGGUAAAAUCCCAAUCGAUGUGGAUGCAAUGAAGAUUGACCUAUUGUCUAUCUCCUCACAUAAGAUUUACGGUCCAAAGGGUAUCGGGGCCCUUUACGUUAGAAGAAAGCCAAGAGUGAGAUUGGAACCAUUGAUCUCCGGUGGUGGUCAAGAAAGAGGUUUACGUUCCGGUACGUUGGCUCCACCUUUAGUUGCAGGCUUUGGUGAAGCUGCUAGGCUAAUGAAGAAGGAAUAUGACAAUGAUUCCGCUCACAUCAAGAGACUAUCUGACAAACUAAUGAAGGGCCUACUGUCUAUCGACCAUACUAUCUUAAACGGUUCACCUGACCAUCGUUACCCAGGCUGUGUUAAUAUUUCUUUUGCAUACGUUGAAGGUGAAUCAUUACUAAUGGCUCUAAGAGACAUCGCUUUAAGUUCUGGCUCCGCAUGUACUUCUGCAUCAUUGGAACCAUCUUACGUUUUGCAUGCAUUGGGUAAAGAUGAUGCACUAGCUCACUCGUCCAUUAGAUUUGGUAUUGGUAGAUUCACAACUGAGGAAGAAAUUGACUAUGUGAUCAAGGCAAUUACAGAAAGAGUAGAAUUUUUGAGAGAACUUUCUCCAUUGUGGGAAAUGGUGAAAGAAGGUAUUGACUUGAACUCUAUUGAAUGGUCUGGUCAUUAA